GUGGGUGGGAGGGGGUGCUGCUUCCUAGCCUGCAAUCCUGGGGCCUCCCUGGGGCCGGGGAAUGAGGCUGGGAGACCCAGGAGUCUCGGCUUUUUACCUUGAGGUGACAACGUGUGGAGAAGCAGCAGGAGAUGCUGGGCCACAAAUGGGGCCAGUCUUUCCUGAUUGUGUUGCCUUAGUUUCCCUGAGGGGAUGCAGCUUGAGAGAGAUUCUGGGUGACCUAGUUUCUCGGGGGCAGGGACAGGAGCAAGACCUGGACCGUGGGCAUGUCUGGUCCUCUUUCCCAGUUCUGAUGCAGCUCUUGGGCUGGCAGGGCCUUCUGAGUCCCUGUUCUGACAGGCUUGGGGGCACCAGAGCAGUCUCAAGGUGGAUCCCCUGCCGCCUUGCCCUGCGGGGGGGCGGUGGUCUCUGUGGGAAUGGGAGCCAGGAGUUACAGUGCCCAAUUUGUGGAGGGGGCGGGACCCAGUGCAGUCCCAGCCCCUCCCUGGACCAGGGCUUCAAAUACGGAGCUGGGGCGCCAGAGCUGCUGCUAGACCAAGCCCUUGCAGUCUGUCCUGUGCCGCAGACACACCCCCAGCUGGGACCUCAGACUUCUACUGGGACCCAGAUCCUAAGCCUCUGACACAGCCAAUCCACAUCCCUCAGGUGAGUCGGGGGGGGGGGCUGCUGAGCCGGGGGCUGGAUGUGAAUGGAGUCUCAAUAUUUGGGCCUCAGUUUCCCCACGGAGGAGAAAGGCCACGGCCGUAAGCCCAGCCCACCACCCUGGGGAGACCUGGAGAGCGGCAGGGGGAGGAUAUGCCUUCCUGCCAGCCACCAAUGGGUGGCAGAACCUGCCCGGCCCCCGCGUCCCAGCAGCCGGGACUGAGAAGGGUGGGCUGGUGUGUCCGAUUCCAUGUCCGCGCUCACGCGGCCGUGUCUCUGCCUCUAAGCCCGCCUGCUUUGCGCCAUGGGCGGGCCCCUGGCCUUACUGGCCACGCUCUGGGCGCUAGGGGCUGCUGGAGACGCAGCGCUGCGCAUCGGAGCUUUCAACAUCCGGAGCUUCGGCGACAGCAAAGUGUCGGACCCGGCCUGCAGCGGCAUCAUCGCGCAAAUCCUGGCUGGCUAUGACAUCACGCUGGUGCAGGAGGUGCGGGAAUCCGACCUGAGCGCCGUAUCCACGCUCAUGGAGCAGAUCAACAGCAUGUCCAGGCACGAGUACAGCUUCGUGAGCAGUGAGCCGCUGGGUCGGGACCAGCAUAAGGAAACGUACCUGUUCAUCUACAGGAAGGACGCGGUGUCGGUAGUGGACACGUACCAGUACCCGGACCCGGAGGACGCCUUCAGUCGUGAACCUUUCGUGGUCAAGUUCUCGGCACCGGGGUCAGCUGCCGAGGAGUUAAUGUUGAUUCCGCUGCACGCGGCGCCGCACCAAGCCGUGGCCGAGAUCGACGCGCUCUACGAUGUGUACCUGGACGUGAUAAGAAAGUGGGGCACCGACGACAUGCUGUUUCUGGGCGACUUUAACGCCGACUGCAGCUAUGUGCAGGCUCAGGACUGGCCGGCCAUCCGCCUGCGCAGCAGCGAGGUCUUCAAGUGGCUCAUCCCGGACAGCGCCGACACCACGGUGGGCAACUCGGACUGUGCCUACGACCGCAUCGUGGUCUGUGGUGCCCACCUGCGCAGCAGCCUGAAGCCCCAGUCGGCCGCUGUACACGACUUCCAGGAGGAAUUCGGCCUGUACCAGGCUCAGGCCCUGGCCAUCAGUGACCAUUUUCCUGUGGAGGUGACCCUCAAGUCCCACUGACAGCGCUGAAGCCUGGCCAGGGCAGGCUGCCUGCAGACUCUGGCCACAAGGAGCAAGCCCCACAGGGCUGCAGCGUAGGGUCAGCUGGGCCUGGACAAGUGAUGGGACUACUCGGAGCCUGUUUCCCCAUCGUGAAAUGGGCUGCCACCACUACCUCAUAAGGUUGUGAGAAGCACCUCAUAGAGCACUGGGCACACAGCUGAGCUCAAUAAACAGCGAACACUCAGCCAGGACCACA